GUGACACUGUGGCCGCCAAAGCAUGAGUGGAAGUAGUGGAGAGCAGGCCGGGCCCUGAGCCCUCAGCCCGGGAGCUCUGACAGGGGAACUGCGGGCACAUUAUGUCAAUAAACCCCCUGUUUACAGCAAAGAAAAGGGAUUUCUCCAUGUUAUACAGUGCUCAUAGGGUUAAUGCCAUCUCCUCCCCUGCCGUACACCAAAGUCUCCAUUCUUCCUGCAGUGAUCGAGGAGCAUAUCCUCCAUCAAAGCGUUAUCGAUCGGCCAGCGGCACGGAGUCUGAAGCCAUGGAGGAUGUGUUUGCUGACGGGGAAGACUUCACAGCUGAUGAUUUGGAGGAGAUCGACAUCAUAGCCUCUCAGGCCUAUACACAGGACUGUGGGGCUGCAACCAGUCAUACAGAUCCUAUCCAGGGCAAUCGACCGCCAUCUACCUUCCUACAGCCACAAAGACCUGCACCGCCAAAACGAGGAAGAGAUAUCUCCAACUCCCGUACUAAUAAUGAGACCUCUGUGCUUGAAGUUUUGCAGUCUCAGCAUGAAGAACUAAAGCAACAGUUGAAGGGGCUACAGGAUGACAUUAUUGUCAAGAAUGGCGAAAUUAAAGUUUUGCGUGAUGGCUUGCAUCAAACAGAGUCCCGCCUUGAGCAGCAAAGAAUUGCUUAUUCCUUGUCUGAGAAGGAGAAGACACAAAUACAGUGUGAGAAGGAAAAAGAACUGAUGAAAAAGAUUCAGUCUUUGCAAUCACAGCUACAGUUCAAAGAUGCAGAAAUGAUUGAAUUAAAAACAAAACUUCAGAGCGGUGAGCGGAGAACACUGGUGCCACAGGUUAGCCCCAAAAAGAGACCUUCUGUGACAGUGAAGCUUGAAUCGUGUCCUUCACCACAACCAGGAAAGGCCAGCUUCCCCACCAAGGAAUCCUUUAGGGCCAACAACAGUUUUAAACCACACGUGCCUGUCUCUCCUCUGCAGGUGCAUCUUCCGGUUAAAACAGAAACUGAAGCUUUGAAUACAGCAGUGAAGCAAGCACGAGUAUUUUCUUCUUCAUACUGCAAACACAGCAUGGACAGACAAGUAGGUUCGGUUUUAUUAAGUACUUUAAUGCAACAGUCGGAACCUCUUGGUCUACCUGGUCUGUACUACCUUCUCAGCAGUAAUCUGAGUGGUCCGGCAGUAUCUUCCGUACAACAAGCACAAUCGACUAACUCUGCAGGCACAUCAAGCUCCAAUGUUAUGUCUCCAUCACAAUGUGAAGCCCUUAAAGACUAUCAAAAAAUGGCAAUAUCUGGACUAAAUUCAAUUGCCUUGGGUGAGGAAGGCACAGAAAAGAGAGGCUCACAAUGCCCGACAGGACCAGUGCAUCUCAACAAGAUGUGUCGGCUUCCAGGGGCCCUGCAAAUAUUGCCUCUCGUAGAGUAUCAUAUUUCGGCGUACUACCAAGCCCUGCAGACCAUGGAGAAAUCAGAAGUUGGUACAUCUGAUCAGUCCAUGUCGUCCUCCAGCACUGACAGCAGUUCAAUGGCCAGUGCUAAGGACACGGUCUCGAGACUUACAGAGCCUGCACUGGCCUCACUCAGGACCCUGUAUAACCUGGUGUUUUAUAGCCUAGAUGUUGUAGAGACUUUGCUGCAGAAACGUGGAGUGGGAAAGACCCCAUCAGAACCCGAGCGAGAGUCUAGUACCGUGACUAACAUAGAGAUGGACAGUGAUGAACAAAUGCUGCAUCCGCUGUUUAAAACGAUUGUUCUGCUCUUGGCACCGAGUGUCACAUGUAAGAAAGAAACUAUCCGAGAGCAGGUGCUCCAUGUUCUGGUGAAAUUGGCGGAAAAUGCUUCCAUUGAGCAGUUAACCAGGUUUCAGGGAUUACUCAGCUCUCAUGUGCUGCUCCAGUGCUUGUGUCCAAAUGCUUCUCUUGAUGUGGCCCUCAAGACUGUCGCUUUGCUAUCUCUUCUUGCAGAUGAUGAAAGGCUAGUCAGGCUCUUGUGUUCAUGCUCAGAAAACUGUCUCCUGCUUUCCUUGUAUACAUACAUCAUCUCCAGGCUGGAUAAACGAGCAUCAGGGAAGGGCUGGCUUCAGUUAGAUCACGAGGUGGUUCGGUUCCUAAACAAAUUGAUCACCCAAGGCUGGAGCCCACCCUCUGCCAGAUCGGGAGCAACAUGUCUGUGUAGCAGAGAGGUUGUGAAGGCGCUGGUCCUUACUCUUCAUCAGGAAUGGCUCAGUGUGCGGCGCUUAACCGUUCUUUUGCCCACUCCAAACCAAAAUAAGUCUGUGUUGUUUCUAAGAGAAGCAUUAAUGGUUCUGCACAGCCUCUACCAGAAGGACAAAAGCUUCAGUGAACAUUGUUUGGAGGUCUUUCACCAGUAUGACCAAGCAGUGCCCGGAGUCCGAGCGUUUUUUAGAAAAUUCAACACUUUGAAUGAGAAUGAAGAGUUUGCACUUGAUGAAUUGUGUCCACCAGAAGUGGAGACAGAAGAUGAAAGCAUGGACUGCACAUAGUCAUUCUGACUCAUCUGCAUAGAUAUUUGCCUCUGUCCAUGUGCAUUUUAAGCAUAUGGAAAUCCAUUAAAGGGGUUAUCAGUGAGGGUCCAACACCCGGGACCCCUGCUGAUCAGCUGUUUGAAGAGAGCUGCAGCCUUCUUGCAGCUUA